AUGAAGUUUCCUUCUUCUCUUGAUAAACGUAAAUUCUUAACCAACAUCAGCUUCCUCAUGUGGUCUAUAUGGAAAGCACGUUGUCAGUUUAUCUUUGAUGGCUGCAAACCUGAGCCUAUUCGAGUCCUUCAGAUGGCUAACUCAGCGAAUAGAGACUUCCUUGAGGCAUGUCUUCCCUUGAACUCUAUUGGAAUAACUAAAAGGGAGGUCCUCCCUACUCAGUCCCAUUGGACUCCACAUAGUCUUGGCUGGACUAAAGUUAACUCUGACGGUGCAUGGAAGUCAAACAAAGCUGCAGGGCUGAGGGUGAUUAUAAGAAACUCUGAGGGUGCUUUCUGUGGAGGUUUAGCAGAGGGUAAGAUGUGUCAGUCUGCCCUUGCGGCUGAAGCUGACACUGUUCUCUAUGGCCUAAAUCUGGCUCUGUCUUUGCGUCAUCACAAGGUCAUGAUGGAAACUAAUUCUCUAGUUGUGAAGUCUGGGAUCUCUGGGAACUAUGGUAAUCGAGCUUGGUCUAUCCUCCCGAUUCUCUUAGAAAUCCGAAGAACAGAAGGCCUUUUUGAUUCUGUCAAGUGGUGUUGGAUCCUUCGAUACAAAAUCGUGCUGCUCAUAUGGGGGCAUCGAUUGGAAUUGGAGCAGUGCAUAGGGAAACCUGGCUUAACCAGCCACCACCGUCCCUCGUUCAUGUUUUAA